UUCCUCCAACGUGUGGUCCGAAUCAUUUCCGCUGUAAGAACGGUGCGUGCGUGCACAUGGCGUGGAGGUGUGAUGGAGCAUCUGAAUGUCCAGACGGUUCUGACGAGGAGAAUUGCCCUCCAAUGGCUCGAUGUAAGGAAAAUGAAUUUCAAUGUGUAGUUACAAUAAACAACUAACAGAGAUCAAUAAUGUGAUGGUGUGCCACAAGAAAGUUAGUGGACUCGAUGCAGAAAUAAUAGACCUCAUUAUCUAUGUUUUUGUCUUGGUUUAUGCAAGAAAUGGUCGGCUCAUCGUCACGUAGAGCAACAAUAGCUAUGUUUUCUUUUAACAAUUGGGUAAUAUUACGACUGGGUGUAAUUAAACCAACACACUGCUGUUGGUUGGUUGGUCGAAAGAACAAUACACACGUGACGAUGAACAAUACACACGUGACGAUGGGAUGCCUUUUUCACUCUUUAGUGCUUGAAAUAUUUGCUAAAAUUGACUGGGAAUACUUAGAGAUUUCAUCGUAGAAUGGCGUAGUUAUAUUCAUUAGCUCUUUGACUAAAAUGUUUAACUGUAUUAUUGCUAAACAUGCCGUUUUUAGAAUUUGGUUUGCAACUAGGUUUCAACAUCCAAUCACGCCAUCAACCCAUUGAAAACAUUAGAUCACGUCAGCUAGUUUCCUAUCCAUUUAUUUUAUUAUCCAUGAUUUGACGAAACCUUGUUCGGGAACCUUCGCACUUGGGGCCUACGCCCCCUCGAGCUUAUAUCCCGUGUUUUCGGUUAAAACCUAUACGUAUAUAUAUUGAAAAACCCGUAAAGGCUUACCAUUGAUUGAUCAGAUUUGUACUUCAGGGCCGUAGCACACUUUUUUACAGUACACACUUUUUUAGAAUUAACAUAUUCGGAAAAUCGGGUUGGCCAUUUGGAAAAUUACGGCAAUAAUAGUAUAACACAAUUUUAGUUGUUUAAACAGAGAAAUAUUAUAAAAUUGUAUUGUCAGUAUAAACUCAUUUACGAAAUCACGGCAUUUACAUGGAUAACAUUUAACAAAUCGUUAAUCGGUAAAUUAUUUAGGUUUUUUGGUUUAUUACUUCUCAGGACCGUAGCAACUGGGGGUGGGGCUGCAGGGGGCUGCAGCCCUCACAAUAAUUUGCUAAUAACCAUUCUGUUUUCAAAAUCAUGCACACAUUUAUCAUUUAAAUAAUAUGCCUUUAAAAUACUGACAAUUGAUUAAUUUUAAGCGGCUAUAUCCAUGACAAACCAAAAAAAAUCAUAUUACCCAUACUCUUUCCUGCAACUUCUCCAGUUCAUUAAAUACGCCUUUGCCCAUUUAGUUCUACUAAAUUGUAAGCAAAUUGUAAAUUUCGACAUACUAAAACGCUGUUUUCUGACCAUCAUAAUUCUGUCAAAACUUCCCCCAAAGUCCAGGAAAUGCCAUUUCAGAGACUCCAAAUUUAAAAAUUUCCUCGAGCUUUCGUAAAUUGCGUCUUGUUUGUAAAUUGCGUCUUCAUUUUCCGGAUAGCAAACAUCUUCGUUGCUUCGUACGUCAUGAAAUACUCGGAAAUUUUGUCGUCAUUUGGAAAUUUUUGGCCUACCACCCCCUAUAGAUGCUAGCUACGGCCCUGUGUGCUCUAUGGAGAUCGUUGGAUCCAGCUUGCAAAAAAAUCAUAGAUGUUCCAAAGAAGAUCAUAGAUGUUCAUCGUAGUUGCACUGCAUGAUCUAUUUAAUAAUUAUAUCAUGAGCUCGAGUCUGCAUGCUAUCAGCCAUAUACGAAGAGAGCUAUGACUAUGACGAGAACUAUAUUGUAACGUAAAUUAUCAAACGAAUGUAUCUUUUAUUUUCAGAUAAAAUUAUGAAAUGUAAGAAAGGCAGUUUUGUGUGUUCAGAUGACAAAUCAUGUAUUCCCGCUAUUUGGAAGUGUGACGGUGUGAAAGAUUGUUCUGGUGGUAGUGAUGAAGAUCCUCACAUAUGUGGAAAUGGUUAGGUGUUCAGAAAUUUAGUCAUCUAUUCAGACAUUAAAUUUGGCUGGUAAACGUAUAUACAUGCUUACUGAAGUAGUUAUUAGCCACAUGAUUAUUCUACUUUCUUACUAAUUUGCAUAUCAUGCAUCGAUGCAUAAUCCAUUGAAAUAUGGCUUCUGCAGUAAACAGUAAAUUAUAUUACGCGAUUCUGUAAAUUUCAAAAUUGGAGAAUACUUUAGGUCGCUUGCGAUGCAAUUUGCUUCAAUUGCUGGCUGCAGAACAAAGUCUGUAGAAAUAUUCAGUGUAAGUUUGCCCAUGCAUGGUUUAAGCUACUGCCUAUUCUGCAUUUUCAUUUGUUCCCAGUGGCAGUAUAUUGCGGUAUUUUUAUAUAGAGAUAAAUGACAAAUGCCCUAAAAACUAACCUCUGUAUGUACAAAUAUUGAAAAUGCAGAAUAGGCAGUAACUGCAAUCAGGCCAACAUUACACUAAAUACUUCAACAGACUUUGUUUUGCAGCCAGCGAUUGAGGCAAGUGGCAAACGACCUAUACUUUGUUCUCAGAUUUUGCGAUUAUAACUUACUGAACAGCGUCGCGUUACAUAAUUCACUGUUUACUGUUGAAGCCAUAUUUUAACGCGAUAUGCAAAUUACGUAGUCAUAGAGUUCUAUAUAGACGUAGUUGAUAGUUCAUAUAGUUUUAGCAGUAUAAUACCCUUACAUAUAUAUACAUUUUUUAAAUUCUUAUUAUUGUAAGUAUAGAAAUAUAGUUUUAUGUACUAUUUAGAACAUGAGCGGCAGUGUUUUAUCUACUAAAGAUACGAGGCGAAGUCGAGUAUCUUUAGGUCUGAUGAAACACGCACUGCGAAAGUUUUAAAUUGCUUCAAAAACGAUCGAUCUAGUAAGUUCAUUGGCGAAGUAAUUUUCAAAAAAUACGUUGUGUAAGUCUAGAAAGUCAAAGUUAAAGUUUAUGUAAAUCAAGGGAAAUCUCUAUAUCACAUAAUAAAGAUACGACAAGC